CAACACAGCGUACAGUUACACUAGCUACAGAUCAACACAAGAAGUGCCGCACUGCCGCAGGUACCGCUCCUUCUGCCCUUAUGCUUUUGGCCCAGAGUUUAGAUCCAUUCCCAUAUAUCGAGGCAGUAAUCGAGGUUUCCAGCCUACCAUUCUAGCUUGUAUAGAUUCUAGUGCAGUUGGCAAAUAAAGUGACUGGUUGCGUGAGAUCAUUUGUGUUUAAAAUGGAAACGGAUACGAAGAGGUAUAAACUGAAGUACGAAAAAACGAAAAAGAUGAUUAAAAACUUUGUCUUUGAAAAUGCAGCACUUUGCGAUGAAAUAUCAGAGCUACAAGAAAAGUAUAUGAUCAUAAACGAGGAAAAUAAAUUCCUCUACAGCAAACUAGGGGCACUCAAUUCCACGCAAGAGACAGCGAGUAAAUCUCAGAGUGUAAGGAAAAAUUCACCUGUACCUAAAACCCUAAGUGGCGCGCAGAAGAAAGCACCAGCAGCGAAAAAAUCUAGGACCAUCAGCACUGCUUCUGUUGGAUCUAGUCCUGCCGGAUCAGAGAAUGUGACUAAAAAGGGAGCCAGGAAACAAACCACUGCUAGAGGAAAAGCUGUGAAAAAACUGGUGCAUCCAAUCCUACUAGAUGCCACUGGCAGACCAAUUUUCCCCAUAGUUGUUGGAAAUCUGUCUGUAUAUAGUCUUGGCGACGUCAUUACUGACAGAAGUGGAUACCACACAGAGGAAAUGAUUUUCCCUGUGGGAUUCUGUUCCUGCCGGGUGUAUGGAAGCAUCAUGAAUCCUGAACAACAGUGUGUUUACACCUGCAAAAUUAUAGAUGGAGGCCCGCAACCACUUUUUGAGAUUGCCUCUGACGAUAUUCCAGGCUCUCCGAUUGUUGGGAACUCGCCAAAUGAAUGCCUUACCGUGUUGCAGAGCAAGAUAAACAAAGCAGUUGGUGUUGAAGUGGUAUCAGACAACACCAAAGGGCCUGAGUUUUUUGGAAUCACUGUGCCAACUAUCCAGAACCUCAUCCAGAGUUCAGGAACAAGGAAGCUGCCAGGCUACAAACCUUUGAAAUUUGAGGUUUGCAAAACCGGAAAUGUCGCAGAUCCUUCCUUAGUUGAUGCAUCUUUGAACUUUGACGCUCUGCAGAGGAGCAUUGCAUUUUCCAAAAAUCAACUUGCAAGCAUUAAUUUUGACUCGCACGAUCCAGUCAUUAGGGACUUUUUCAUGGGCGUUUGAAAUUGCCCUACGUUCCUGACUUGACAAAAAUAAUGAAACAUGACUACAUCAUUGUAUAUUUUCUAUAAGUAUUAAAGAUAAAGGUUGAUUGUAUUA